UGCUCUCGUCAACUAAGCCAGCACUCUUCAACAACCAGCCGUAGCACCACAAUCACAUAUUCUUGCGAACAAGCAGUCAUGGAAGCCUGCGAAGCAAACUUCGACUACUCACCAGCUGAGACUCUCACAGCAAAGCAGCAGUACUUCCCCUCGCAGCACAUGAUGAUCUUGUGCGGCUGCGUCUCCGUCGACCCAGUCGUCCGCAAGAUCGCCAUCUUGCGCGACACAUCCUACAACCUCAUCCAUCUCUCUAAGGGUCGCAAGAACAUUGGAAAGAAUGAGCCCUCAUAGCUUUAGGUGCAGAUUAUCGAACGACCAUGGAGCAAAAUUACAAGCUACGAGACCGU